CGUCUGCCUUUGUAAUGCUGGCUCCAGUUCAGCACACAGCUCCAAAAGGAUUGCUCUUGGAGAUCUGAAUUGACUUAGAAGUCAGUCAUCAUCAUAGGCCAAUAAAUCACUAUGAUCCCUGAAUACGCGCUCUCUUCUAAUUCUUCCAUAAGCUAUGUCUUCCAAUAACGCAAGAGCUGCCAUGGUAGUUGUAAUAGUGUGAUAUCGUAGCUGUAGCCUGGAGUUCUUGUGUGCUUUGGGGGUUAAGAGUAAGGAAUACGUUUACUAGGGCGUAGCUGGAUGGAGCAAAUUCAGCUAAAUUGGAAAGAAAUCAAAGGCAAUCAUAAAGUCGACAAAAUGAAACACAUCAAGACAGAGAACAUGACAUUACAGCAAGUGUUAAUUAAGCAUGAGAAUGUAUUCAAAGAGGAAUUGGGUGCACUCAAGGGCACAAAGGCGACCAUUCAUGUUAAGGACAAUGCAGUUCCCCGUUUCUUCUGACCCCGAUCAGUCCCAUACGCCAUGCGUGCAAAGGUUGAUGAAGAGAUAGACAGACUGUUAAAGGAAAACAUAAUAACACCUGUGAAAUGGUCGGAAUGGGCAGCACCAGUUGUUCCAAUUUUGAAACCAGAUGGACAUGUAAGGCUGUGCGGAGACUACAAACUUACUGUAAACACAGUGUCUUCAUUGGAAUAAUAUCCAAUACCCAAGGUAGAAGAUCUCUUUGCAGCUUUAUCUGGAGGGAAGCAAUUUUCUAAAUUGGAUAUGAGUCAUGCUUACCAGCAAAUACUCAUGGACAAAGAAUCAAAAAAAUAUUUGACGAUCAAUACCCACAGGGGACUAUUCACAUACAACCGACUGCCUUUUUGGGGUAGCGUCAGCCCCAGCGUUGUUUCAGAGAACCAUUGAGGGACUUUUAAGAGGAAUUCCACGAGUUGCGGUGUAUCUUGAUGACACACUUCUCAGUGGGUUGGAUGAGGCAGAGCACCUGAGAAAUCUUGACACUGUGUUGAAUAAGUUGGAGGAGGCAGGAUUGCGUUUGAAGAGGAGCAAAUGCAUGUUCCUACAAGAGGAGGUGGAGUAUUUGGGACAUAGGGUGGAUGCAAAGGGACUGCAUCCUGUGAAAAAGAAAGUAAAAGCAUUAUGGAAGCCCCCACUCCCAAAAAUGUCUCAGAACUCAAAUCAUACCUAGGGCUGUUGAAUUAUUGCAACAAAUUUCUACCCAACCUGGCAACACUGUUAGCCCCCCUACAUGAACUCUUAAGACAAGAUAUGUGCUGGAAAUGGCAUGUACAGCAGGAAGAGGCCUUCCAGAAGUCUAAAGACUUACUGAAUUCGGCACAAGUGUUAGUCCACUACUCAGCGGAUCGCGAGUUGAUUCUAUCGUGUGAUGCUUCGCCAUAUGGCGUGGGCGCUGUUUUAUCACACCUGAUGGAAGAUGGAAGUGAGCGGCCGUUGGGGUUUAUGUCACGCACAUUGUCACCUACAGAAAAGAGGUACUCCCAGCUAGAUAAGGAAGGGUUGGCAGUCUUUUUCGGAAUUCAAAAAUUUCAUAAGUACCUGUAUGGGCGAGCAUUUACCAUCUAUACAGAUCACAAGCCACUGACCUCACUUUUCAAUGAGAAAAAACCUAUACCACAAAUGGGAUCUCCCAGAGUUCAAAGAUGGGCUGUUCACUUGAGUGCCUACAACUACAACAUAGUGUACAGACCAGGAAAACAUCAUGCAAACGCUGAUGCAUUGAGUAGACUGCCUGUCACUGAAGUUGUGCGUGAGGAAGCGCACGAGCAGGUCUUGAUGAUGGAUCUUCUGGAUGAUGCACUUCUGGACACGAGUCAGAUAAAGCGCUGGACAGUUACAGAUGUGAUACUGUCCCAAGUGCAUGAUCAUGUCCUAAAAGGGUGGCCUACCCAGGUAGGCUCUCACCUGAAGCCUUAUUUUCAGAGACGGCUAGAAUUGAGUGCAAGAGAUGUAUGCGUGCUUUGGGGUACUAGGCUUAUAGUACCCACUAAAGGGAGAGACAAGAUACUGAAGCUGUUGCAUCAAACUCACUCUGGCAUGUCCCGAAUGAAAGGCUUGGCCAGGUCAUAUGUAUGGUGGCCAGACAUGGACCAAGAUGUAGAGAGGGAAGUGCAGUCAUGCGAGGAGUGUCAGAAACACCGAAAGUCACCACCUACUGCGCCAUUACACCCAUGGGAAUGGCCAGACUCGCCAUGGUCAAGAAUUCAUGUGGACUAUGCUGGUCCUUUCCAAGGGGAGAUGUUCUUACUCAUAGUGGACGCUCACAGUAAAUGGCUAGACAUCUACCCAGUGAAGGCAGCCACAUCUCAGGCUACCAUAGAGAAGCUACGGCAGAGUUUCAGUGUUUUUGGACUACCUAAAAUGUUAGUGUCUGACAAUGGGACGUGUUUUACAAGCAUUGAAUUUGAAUCUUUUAUGAAGCAAAAUGGCAUUCGUCAUGUGAGGUCAGCACCUUUCCACCCUUCUUCUAAUGGGCUAGUGGAGAGGGCGGUCCAAACUUUUAAGGAGGGGAUGAAAAAGAUGAGAGGUGAUACUCUGCAGACCAGGCUGUCAAGAUUCCUGUUCAGUUAUCGCAUCACGCCUCAUGCAACAACAGGCUUGUCUCCUGCAGAGUUGAUGCUGUCAAGGAGACUCAGAUCUGUUCUUGAUUUGAUACUGCCAGAUGUGAAAGCAAAGGUGCAAGAAAAACAACUGAAACAGAAACGAAUCCAUGACACAAACAAGAGACUGAGAACUUUCACACCCGGAGAUGAAGUAUACAUCAGAAAUUACUCCUACGGUCCUAAAUGGGUCCCUGCCGUCAUUCAGGAUGCAUCAGGUCCUGUGUCCUACACAGUAAUCAUUGGAAGUGGUCAGAUCAUGAAGAGGCAUGUGGAUCAAGUAAGAGCUAGACGGUCUGACACAGUACCCAGCCAGGAGCCCGAGAGAGAAUUAGGGCUGUCGGUAGAGACGGGUGGAGGUGCUGUGGAAUCGGUGCCUACAGAGAUUGUGGCGACAGAAGAACAUCCUUCAAAAGAGCUUGAUUGUCGGCCUGUUUCAAAGGUCCAGGUCCUGCCAGGCUCUCCUGUGGCUACUGAGGUGCGACGCUCCGGGAGAGAGAGGCGUUCACCUGUGCAUCUAAAAGACUUUGUAACUUAG